AUGGCUCAGGAGAAAAUGGAGCUGGACUUUGAGCCUGACACAUCUGAUGGGGGCACCCUGAGGAGAUCCAGCAGCGCUCCCCUGAUCCAUGGGCUCAGUGACCUUUCCCAGGUUUUUCAGCCACACACAUUUAGAACUCGGAGGAACAGUACAACGAUUAUGAGCCGUCCCAGCUUGUUGCUGUCAUCCUCACCUAAUCGUAUUCCUAGUAGCAUACUGCAUCAAAUCAAAAGGGAAGAAGGAGUGGAUAUAAUGAACAGAGAGACUGCACGUGAAAGGGAAGUGCAAACAGCAAUGCAGAUAACCCAAUCAUGGGAUGAGAGCUUGAGCCUGAGUGAUAGUGAUAUUGACAAGCCAGAGAAAUUAUAUUGUCCUAAGAGAAUCGAUUUCACUCCAGUUUCUCCAGCACCGUCACCCACCAGAGGAUUUGGAAAGCACCGUUUUUCACCAUCCUUACAAAUGUUUGUGAGUAGCAGUGGAUUAGCGCCAAGUCCUAUUCCUAAUGCCAGACAAUUGUCGAGGCGGAGUCAAAGUCCAGUCAAGUGCAUUAGGCCCAGUGUCCUUGGUCCUCUUAAAAGAAAAGGUGAAAUGGAGACAGAAAGCCAGCCCAAGAGACUCUUCCAAGGCACUACCAACAUGCUGUCUCCUGAUGCUGCCCAGCUGUCUGAUCUCGGUUCAUGUUCAGAUAUUUUGGAUGGCAGUAGUAGCAGCAGUGGCUUGUCCUCAGACUCCCUGGCUAAAGGCAGCACCCCCGCAGAGUCUUCAGUAGCAUGCUCCAAUUCAUGCUCCUCGUUCAUCUUGAUGGAUGAUCUCUCACCCAAGUGA